AUGUCCUACACACAAACCUUUCCCCAAUAUCAAAGACCCUCAUACACGGAUCAACAACCAAGCUGGAAUGGUGUCGAGUUCGCCACCUCCAACCCUUUUGGGAGCUAUCCUCAAUAUCCCAAAGACCAAUCUUAUUAUGAUCUCAACGCUGUGCCCUCGAACGAGCAGAAUGCUCCGUCGCCUGUCUACUCACAGUACCUGAACUUUGACGCUGCUGGGCAAGACUCGGGCCUGGCAGCAACCAACGAUGCCAUCUCCUCUCAACCCUUCUUCAACACCUCGCCUAUUUCGACAGACAACUCUCAGCAGUUUGCCGAGUUCCCGAUCAAGACUGAGCCCGGCUUCGACCAGAACGACUCGUCAUUCUCUUGUGGCCUGAACCUGAUCCAGGAUGAAAACCUGUCUCCACGGACUUGUGGAACAGUGCCUGCGUGCCUGCAACUUCUCGAAAACCCGGAGAUGGAGGACUUCAACCUGUUAGAGCCUACCAUCUCCCCGAAGCUUUCCAACUCAGACGAAGGCCUCAGGAGGAUACCAUCGCGUGUCAGUUCGGGCAACGGCAGACAGCUGAGAAGGGCAAGUGACGACAGUACCGCCAAACCCCGAGGCAGACGGGCACGCAAAGGGUCUGUAAGUGACGAGGAAGCGGCACAGGCCCGAGCCAAACAAGCCCACUCGAUCGUCGAACGAAGAUACCGAGACAACCUCAACGGCAAAAUCAUGCAGUUGCACCGAACAUUAAGCGCCAUCGGGUCGCCCACGCGCAUGGCAGGCCUGUCGACGGCCGACGAAUCCCCCAGUGCAGCACACGACCCGCGCACGAGGGUGCGCAAGUCCGACGUCAUGACAGACGCAGUCAACUACGUACACCAGAGUGAGGUGUCGAUGCGGCACAUGACGGACGAGAUCAAGCGACUGAACGACCGCGUGCGGACGCUCGAGAAACUCGUCAAGUGUGAAGAUUGCGCCCUGCUCAAGCAGAUGGUCCGACUACAGCUCCAGGCGCAACAGAACCAGCAGGGACAACAGGCACAGAUGUCGAUGCAGCAACAAUAA